GGCGGCGACGGGCGCGCGCGCGGUGCUCGCAGCCCCCACGCCGCUCUCUCCGCUCGGAUCUCGGCGCCUCCCGCUCCCCGCACCGCUCCACCCCAGGCCUGCGGACCCCGCAGCGGCGGCCGUGGUCGGUGGGUUCCGGCGGGCGCGGCAAUCGGGGCGGCGGCGCGCGUGAGCAGAGCGGAGCCCGGCGAGUCCCCGGGCGGGCGGCGAUGUUGCCGGGCGCUGGCCCCUGCGUAAGGCGGGCGCUGUGACAGGCCGGCCGGUGGGGCACCGCCGAGGGAGGCCGCGACGGAGCUCCCGGACCAGCCAUGGGCUGAGACACGUCCUCGCCGAGCAGUGACCUUUCUGUACCCCGCCAGAACAUGCCCGGGUGACCUCCUCCCAGAUCUUCCUUGUGGCCUUCCUCGCCCACUCUAGUGACACUAUGCAACCCCAGCGUGACCUGCGAGGCCUCUGGCUCCUGCUGCUGUCCUUGUUCCUGCUCCUUUUUGAGGUGGCCAGAGCUGGCCGACCCGUGGUUAGCUGUCCUGCCGCCUGCUUGUGCGCCAGCAACAUCCUCAGCUGCUCCAAGCAGCAGCUGCCCAACGUGCCCCAUUCCUUGCCCAGUUACACAGCACUACUGGACCUCAGCCACAACAACCUGAGCCGCCUGCGGGCUGAGUGGACCCCCACCCGCCUCACCCACCUGCACUCCCUGCUGCUGAGCCACAACCACCUGAACUUCAUCUCCUCUGAGGCCUUUUCCCCAGUACCCAACCUGCGCUACCUGGACCUCUCCUCCAACCAGCUGCGUACACUGGACGAGUUCCUGUUCAGUGAACUGCAAGCGCUGGAGGUGCUGCUGCUCUACAAUAACCACAUCGUGGCGGUGGACCGCUCCGCCUUUGACGACAUGGCCCAGCUGCAGAAACUCUACUUGAGCCAGAACCAGAUCUCCCGCUUCCCUCUGGAACUGGUCAAGGAAGGCGCCAAGCUGCCCAAACUAACACUCCUGGAUCUCUCCUCUAACAAGCUGAAUAAGUUGCCCUUGCCCGACCUGCAGAAGCUGCCAGCGUGGAUCAAGAAUGGGCUGUACCUACACAACAACCCCCUGCACUGCGACUGUGAGCUCUACCAACUCUUUUCACACUGGCAGUACCGGCAGCUGAGCUCCGUGAUGGACUUUCAGGAGGAUCUGUACUGCAUGAGCUCCAAGAAGCUGCACAAUGUCUUCAACCUGAGUUUCCUCAACUGCAGCGAGUACAAGGAGCGUGCCUGGGAAGCCCACCUGGGUGACAACUUGACCAUCAAGUGUGACACCAAGCAGCAGGGGAUGACCAAGAUGUGGGUGACACCAAGCAAUGAACGGGUGCUAGAUGAGGUGGCCAAUGGCACGGUAACAGUGUCCAAGGAUGGCAGUCUUCAUUUCCGGCAGGUGCAGGUCGAGGAUGGUGGUGUGUAUACCUGCUAUGCCAUGGGGGAGACUUUCAAUGAGACACUGUCUGUGGAGUUGAAAGUGUACAAUUCCACCUUACACGGACACCAUGACACCCUCAACACAGCCUAUACCACCCUAGUGGGCUGUAUCCUCAGUGUGGUCCUGGUCCUCAUAUACCUAUACCUCACCCCUUGCCGCUGCUGGUGCCGGGGUGUAGAGAAGCCUUCCAGCCAUCAAGGAGACAGCCUCAGCUCUUCCAUGCUUAGUACCACACCCAACCACGAUCCUAUGGCUGGUGGGGACAAAGAUGAUGGUUUUGACCGGCGGGUGGCCUUCCUGGAACCUGCUGGACCUGGGCAGGGUCAAAAUGGCAAGCUCAAGCCAGGCAACACCUUGCCGGUGCCCGAGGCAGCAGGCAAGGGCCAACGGAGGAUGUCAGAUCCAGAAUCAGUCAGCUCGGUCUUCUCUGAUACACCCAUUGUGGUGUGAGCAAGAUGGGUUGGUGGGGAGAUUCUGCCCCAGGAGAGGUAAUACCCUGAAGGAUAUGAGGGGAUGGAAAGAGAGGGCUGGCUGGCCAAGGGAGUGGGUUCCGCCUGACCUCGAGGGAAUUGGUCACAGGUACAACAGAGGGCAAGACCCCAACCAGGGCGUGGCUGCCAUAAUUUUCAAAUAUGGAUAUAUUAAUUCUCAGGCAAAUGCUACACCCUUACCCAAAGCCCUGACAAUUCUCAAUGUGGUAGAGGAAGAGAAGCGUGUCUGAGCUGGAUGGGAAUGAGGAAGGAGUGAGGGGAAAAGCAGCUGCCCUAAACUUUUUUGAGGUCAUCACUAGCUCCUUAAGAGAAAACCAUUUGGAAAAAAAAAUUUUUCUGUCUCUGCCCACCCACACCUGUGAUGUUCUGUGUGUUGGGGGAGCUUCCACAGGAGCCACACUUGGGGAAAGCUGUGGUAUCUUCUUUGGUCAGGAAGUCAUACUUCUCAUUUGGGGAAAUUGGAAAUCUUUAUAAAAUGAGUCAGGAAAAGACUGAGACCUCAAUCAAUAACACUCCUCAAAUCUGUUGAGAUAAAGCCUUCCUUUUUCCUGA